CCAAUUUCCACAAUUCAUCAACAACUUAAGCUUUUUUUGCUGAAAAUUUUCCUCUCUUCAGUUGGAAAAAAAAUCAAUCUGUUUGAGAAAAAUGGCUUUGGCUUUCACUUCUUCAACUGCAAUUCAUGGUUCUAUCUCUUCAUCUUCUCAUCAACACCCCAAAGUGGGUAACAUUCAGCUAUUGGAUCAGCCAAAGAAAUCCUUGAAUUUUACUCAGAGGCGUUGUGCUGUGAAGCCACUAUAUGCUGAACCUAAAAGGAAGGAGUCCAUUGUUCCCUCAGCAGCAACCUUUGUUGCUCCUGAGGUAGCAGAGAAAUUAAUAGAGGCAGAGGAUUUUGAGAAAUUGGCUAAGGAUCUUGAAAAUGCUUCACCUCUUGAAAUUAUGGAUAAUGCCCUAGAGAAAUUUGGAGAUGAUAUUGCCAUUGCUUUCAGUGGUGCAGAAGAUGUUGCUUUGAUAGAGUAUGCACAUUUAACUGGACGACCAUUUAGAGUGUUCAGCCUUGAUACUGGGAGGUUGAAUCCAGAGACGUAUCAACUUUUUGAUGCUGUCGAGAAGCACUAUGGCAUUCGCAUCGAAUACAUGUUUCCUGAUGCUGUUGAAGUUCAGGCAUUAGUAAGGACCAAGGGUCUUUUCUCAUUUUAUGAGGAUGGACACCAAGAAUGCUGCCGUGUUAGGAAAGUUAGGCCCCUUAGGAGAGCUCUCAAAGGUUUGCGUGCCUGGAUCACGGGGCAAAGAAAAGAUCAGUCCCCUGGAACUCGAUCUGAAGUUCCGGUUGUUCAGGUAGACCCCUCUUUCGAGGGAUUGGAUGGUGGCUCUGGAAGCUUGGUGAAGUGGAACCCGGUGGCUAAUGUAGAAGGCAAGGACAUAUGGAACUUCCUACGUGCAAUGAAUGUUCCCGUGAACUCUUUGCAUUCAAAAGGUUAUGUCUCUAUUGGAUGUGAACCUUGCACCAGGCCGGUCCUACCUGGGCAACACGAGAGAGAAGGAAGGUGGUGGUGGGAGGAUGCAAAGGCCAAGGAAUGUGGCUUACAUAAAGGAAACAUCAAAGCUGAAAGUGUGAAUGGUAAUGGGAACAAUGCUACCCAAACAAAUGAUACUGUUGCUGAUAUUUUUGACACCAAGGGCAUUGUUACCUUGAGUAGACCUGGAGUUGAGAACCUAUUGAAAUUGGAAGACCGAAGAGAGCCUUGGCUUGUUGUUCUUUAUGCUCCUUGGUGCCAAUUCUGCCAGGCAAUGGAAGGAUCAUAUGUUGAAUUGGCAGAGAAGUUAGGAGGUUCUGGUGUAAAGGUAGGGAAAUUCAGGGCAGAUGGUGAGCAGAAAACAUUUGCACAACAAGAGUUACAGCUGGGCAGCUUCCCGACUAUACUAUUUUUCCCUAAGCACGCUUCACAGCCAAUAAAGUACCCAUCAGAAAAGAGGGAUGUAAACUCCUUGCUGGCUUUUGUGAAUGCUCUUAGAUGAAAAGCAAAUGUUGCUUCAUAUGUUAUAGUUGUUUACACAUAAUAGAUAGAAGUAGUAGAAGAGGGACUUGAAUUCUUGUACAUGUCAAUUUUGUGGUUUCUAUGACAAAGAUGUUGCUCUUGCUAUUGCUGCUUUGACAAUAUACAAGGUUUUCUCCCUUUUCUUAUUCUUUAAUUCAA